CAAAUUAAGGCUUCUCCUCGCUCGAGUGAGUGUGAGUGCAUCGCCGGAGAGAUAGAGGGUGAGAGAGAGAUGGGCAGGCAGCCUUGCUGCGAGAAGGUCGGUCUCAAGAAGGGGCCGUGGACCGCGGAGGAGGACCAGAAGCUGGUCACCUUCCUCCUGUCUCACGGCCAUUGCUGCUGGCGGCUCGUCCCCAAGCUCGCCGGGCUGCUGAGGUGCGGGAAGAGCUGCCGGCUGCGGUGGACCAACUACCUGAGGCCGGACCUCAAGAGGGGCCUCCUCUCGGAGGAGGAGGAGGCGCUGGUCAUCGACCUCCACGCGCAGCUCGGCAACCGGUGGUCCAAGAUCGCGGCGCGGCUCCCCGGGAGGACGGACAACGAGAUCAAGAACCACUGGAACACCCACAUCAAGAAGAAGCUCAAGAAGAUGGGCAUCGACCCCGUCACCCACCGGCCGCUCGCGCAACCCCUGGCCCCGCCGCUGACGCAGCAGCGCGAUCCAGCUCCGCAGGUGAGAGAAGAAGGAGAACGCUGCGACGAGCCCAGCAAGCAGCAGGCGUCGUCGCAAGGGCCGGCGGCCGGCGGCGCCGACGAGGACGAGGACGAGGAGGAGAUAACACCGGCGAGCGCCGCCCAGCCGCACGGUGCCGGCGCGACGACCUCCUCCCCUGCCUCCGCAGCGGCUGGAGCCGUCUCGCCGUCCUGCUCCUCCUCGUGCGCCUCGGCCUCCGCCGCGACCCCGGGCGCGGACGUCGCCGCCUGGCCCGACCCCAUCGACCUCUUCUUCGAAGUGGAUGGCAUCAUGGACAUGGACUGGGCGGGCAUCCUGUCGGGCUGCGGCGAUGACGCCGCCGUGGACAUAGGCGCUGUCGAUCUGUUCGACCAUUACCCCGGCGAUGGCUUCGACGAACAAGUCUGGAUGUGACGCUUCCUGAUAGCAGUACACUGGCGGGUAGGAUGAUUAGAACUGUUGUUACUCGUGAUCAUCUCUCUCUGUUCUUGCAGUUUGCAUGUCCUGUUCCCUCUCGCUUCUUCUUUGGUUUCUUGGGUCAAUUCAUGUUCGUCCGUGUCCAUGCAUGCAAUGGUUGCUGGUGUCGAGAGAAGCCGGGUGUGUGUGGUUCGUGAAAAUGGAGGAAUGAAUUGUGAUUGCGUCAACCUGUUGAUCUCAAUCUCAUGGCUAGGGAUCAUUCUCUGUUCUGUCAAAUCCUUCUCACCACUCGUGUACAGUUCAUGAAUGUGAAGUUUUCUGAUGUAGCGUGCUACCUUCCACAGUUCCACGGUACUAUCUUCAA